AUGGACUUCCUAAAAAAGAAGAUGAAGGAACUUUUGGACGACGACGACGACAAGCACAAGCCCAAUAAGAACGAACCCUCCAAACACCUCGACGAACGUGGGGCGUCGGACUCAUAUUAUUCAACCCAAGAACCCCAGUCAUAUCCUCCAUAUCCGCACGGUGGUUACGGCACCCACCCCCCGCCGACGGGUCCUCCUGCGCCAUAUGGUGCGGCUCCUCCAUUGCCUCCAGGCUGGAUCGCCCAGUGGGAUCAAAAUAGCCAGCGCUGGUAUUACGUUGAACAAGCCACAGGUCGCAGUCAAUGGAAUCCUCCUGCGGCCUCACCUGCGCCGCCCGGUCCUUUUGGCCCCCCUCCUGGAGCCCCAGCACCAUAUGGUGUCCCGCAGUACGGUUAUGGUGGUCAGGGGGACUCUCGUAGUCACGGCCAUGGAGACUCUCAUAGUUAUGGCCAUGGAGACUCUCACGGUUACGGCCAUGGAGACUCUCAUAGUCACGGACAUGGAGAUUCGCACGACAAAGAGCACAAGGAUAAGAAGAAGAAGGACAAGGGCCCUGGAUAUGGCAUGGUUGCCGCAGCGGGAGUUGGAGGUUUGGCUGCUGGUGCCUUGAUUGGCCAUGAAUUGACCGAGGACUCCGACGACGAAAGACACUACGCGGCCCCUGCCGCCGUCCUCGUAGCUGCCCCGAAUCCGAUGCCCACUGAAGAGCCGGCCUUUGCUCCUCCACCUCCAGUUCCCACCCACGAUGAAGACGGUGAUUCAAUCUCAAGCAGCGACCGCGAGAGCUUGGAAGAGCGGCGCGAGGAGUUGAUCGAGGCGCAGGAGGAGUAUGAAGAAGAGCUCGAGGAGGCGUACGACGACUGA